AUGUCCUCAUCUCAUUCACUAGGCAAGCGUCCACUCGAAUCGCGCCCUAGCUCACACGUCUCCAACCACACGACAAUAAUUCCCAAGCGCCCUCGCCAGCAAUGUCAUGACUCUCACCCAAGCACCAACCCGUCCUUGAAAGCCCUGCAGAGCGCCUGGAAGUCCUUCGAGUCCGACGUCAACACGGCCCUGCUCGAGCUACGGUCACCCAAGUUUGAAGACAUUUCAAACGUCCUCACAAGCCCCCCCGAUGCGGGCCAAGUGCCUGCCGUUUGCAUCAACAUGGGCGCCGCCGCAGCCGCCGGAGACCGAGCAGAGGUCUUCAGAUCAGUGCUCAAACAUGUCGAAAGCGCUGCAGACGCCACCAUACUGCCAUUUGAGUCGGCCCAUCACUCCACUAUGACUGCCGUCACAGAUCAUUUGGAGGCCGUUCCCGAGCAUGAGGCUGUGAUUGUUGCUGUUGAGGAUGCCGAUGCCUUUCCCGAGGAUACGCUCAGAGAUUUGGUCUACCUUUGCGGUAAAAGGCGCGACGCAGCAAUGGAGCUGGAGGGGGCGGACAAGGCGUCUGGGUCAGGUCCUCGUGUAGCUAUUCUGUUCGGCCAUGGCACAUCUGCGAAUUCUCUCCAUUCUGCGUUAGGAAUUGAGGAAGCUGCUGUGAUCGCGCCAACGAACGUUGACCUGCCGAAUUCAACACAUUGCUUUCGGACCAUCGUGGAGAAAGUACUGGCACGUCGAGAGCACCCCAUCUUGUUUUGUCAACCUGUUUAUGACCUCAUUGAGACUGAAUUUUAUGCAAGGGAAUCAACCAUUUCCGUUGUAAUGCGCUCCUUGUAUCAAAUGUAUUCUCUCCACUGUUACCGCCAACCGCUAGCCGCUGCGUUUUCAAAGUGGACGCUGUCCAAGCAACGAGGACGAGGAAUCGAGUUGAGUGGUUUUGCCCUGAAACAACUAAGAGAGGAUGUUCCUUCUGUUCGUAGCAAAUUGACCGAAGGACCUUUGGAUGACAAAAAGCUUAAGGGGCAGGCGACAGAGUGGUGCUCUGAAUUAUGGGCAUGGCGAAGGAGAUGCUACAUUGUCGAGCAAGUGGUUUACAAGCUAAUUAGAGUCUUGCAGGCACCAGAGAGAGGAUGGACAAAGGCGAGACCUAACCAUUCUGAUCUUCGUUUACACAUUUUUCGCUCGUUCCUGGUCAAAGAACAGGCCGGUGCUGAUCUGGACGUGAGGGGUGUCGCCAGAUCGAUUGUGAAUCGCAUUAGAAAGAGUAGCCGACAGCAAAUGCUGAAGGCAAUCGAGGCCAUGAAGGAAACGAUGGAGGCAUGUGAAGUGGAGAAUGACGAACAACUCACAAGUACCGUAGAGCGGUUGAAGGACUUAUCGGAGGAAAUGGAGAUGGCGCUUAGGCGAGUUGAGGAAGAAGGACCCCGCGGGCAUUCUGGUUCGAUCGCCAAGUCAGUGUCCACAAGAAGAACUAUUGCAAAGGGUGGAGCUGCGGCAAAGCAAAGACGUGAUGAACUGUUGAGAAGCGCCAGAGUGGAGCACAAAGAAUCAAGCGUGAUGAAAGUGCCGCGAGAAGCACUAGUCGGAAUCUUCAGCGAUUUACUGGAUCUAGUCGACAAGCUGGCGUCGCAUCCCAUGCAUGAAGUUUUACUGUUUUCCGACGUCGCGGCACUGCAAGAACUAUCGGGAGGGCUUGGCAGCACUUCUGAGCCUCGUACUUCAUUCUUCAACGCAAUGCGUCGGCCGUCGAAUUGUCUUGGCUCGAUCCCAGAGAAUUCAAUUCCAGAUACCGUCCUGGGAUACAGGCUUCUUGCAGAGGGCGGCCGAAUGAAGAAUCUUUACGACUGGUACCACUCAUUUUCGACGAUGCGAACGGUUGGGGCCGUCGAGCGGGACGCCGACGGAAACAUCACUGGUUUAAAAAAUGUCUCCCCCGCGGAAACACAGGUGCGCUUCUCCCGUGUUUGUGCAGAACUAGAAUUCCUGGGUCUUCUGAAACAUACAAAUCGCAAGACGGAUCAUGUGCUUCGGUUGACGUUUGAAUAA